AUGGUGGUUGUGAGUGUGACAGCUCUACAAGAGAAGCCUUCUCCACCUAGGACAACAAAACUAUUUACCUUUAUUGAUUUUCAACUAGAAGCGAUCAAACCAGGUCACUUCAUCGUGAGGCAGUCCCUUAACGAUAAGACCUGGCGAUUUGAAUACAGAUAUCAAGUACAGCUAGAUCCGCGAAAAUAUCUCGGCAUCAGAGGAAAUCCACUGGACCUGAUAGACGAAUCAGACGAAGGAUUAACAAGGUUCCAACAGCAGGAAAGACACGGCCUCGUCUUCUUAAAAAUUCCCGGACGAAACGAUGAUUUUUUUGACAAGGAGAAAAUUGAUAAUAAUAUAGAAAAACAUGUGCAAAGGGAAGAGUGUUCUCAGUGUAAGAACAGGACAGAGUACUACUGCAGGACGUGUAAACAAGAUCUAUGUGUACCUUGUAAGGAGGAACAUGUGAUAGACUUUGACACCAAACACCAUGAUGUAGUGAUUGAUCGCUUAAAGUAUGGAGAUAUUAUGUUACUACAGACUUGUGAGGGACACACAAACAUGGAUUGCAUACGUUCCGAUUUUAGAUCUUGUCAAACUGAAAUCUCCAAACUCCAGGAGAAUAUGAUGUUCAAAGCUAAGAGGCUUAAUGAUCAGAUAGAUGAAACGAUAGAGGACAUUAGGAAAAUAAAACCUUACUUAAAUUCUAUACAGAAACGACAAAGAAGACACAUAAGAUCCAUACAAACACGUCUUCACUCUCUGAGCAAGGAAAUCAACAAAGAUAAUGUUUUUAAUUUUCUGGGAGGAAUCCAAACUACAGAAACCAGAAAAAGACAAGCAAGAAGUGAACAGCUGUUUCAAGUGAUAUCUCAACCAAUGGUACAGAAAACGUUUACAGUAAAGCCUAAAUCGGUACUAGAUGAUGCCAGUUUUCAUAUUUCUUGUGUGACUCCAAACCUUGCCUGGGUCAGCAAUUGGAACCAUUUAAAAUUGAUAGACACAGCAUGUUACAAUGUGUUUUUUCUGAUCGAUAAAUAUAAGAACGAUGGUGUACACACAGUGACUAAAGAAGGCAAUCUUGUGUACAUAGAUAAGAGUUACAAAAUCAAGAAACUCUCAUUGAACUAUAAAGAAAUCUCUUCAGUGAUAAGGAUUCCAAAACCUUGGAAACCAUACUGUCUCUAUUGCUCCCCUUUGAAUGGAGAUUUUCUUAUUGUGAUGAAACAGAAUCCAUAUAAAGCCAUGGUUGCUCGGUAUAACAGUGAAGGACGAAAACUCCAACACGGUCCAAAUUACAAUCUUUAUGUUAGUCCUAGGUAUAUCACGGAAAACCAAAAUGGAGAUGUGAUAGUUUCUGACUUUUAUGUCAUAACUGUGACAGACUCUUUAGGAACACAUCGAUUCUCCUACAAAGGAGAUCCACAAGCAUCAGAAUUUAGCCCAAAUGGAAUUUGUACAGAUGCUCUGUCACACAUCCUUUUUUGUGAAGCUUACACCAAGACAGUUCAGAUGAUUGACAAGGACGGUCAGUUCCUGGCAGUGCUGCUGACAGAAGAACAAGGAAUAGAAUAUCCAUACAGCCUUAGCUACGAUCACAAAUCUCAUCUUCUGUGGGUCGGAUCAUUAAGGAGCAGUACAGUCUGUAUAUACAGACACAUAGAGAGACAUGAAUUUCUUAAAGACAAUUAG